ACUAUCUUAUGAACGAAAGAGCAAAACAUGUCAAAGUACUUCCACAGCCUCUCACAGACACCACACAGGCUCAAGUCCAGGAUGCUCGCUACGUGGACUCCUGAUCAAGAAGUCAACCAAGUCCGCCUUCGUUCCGGUGCGGACAUGAAGCGUAAACUCCGGUGGUUUGACCUCGUCUCUCUCGGCGUCGGUGGCAUGCUCGGGGUCGGUGUCUUCGUGACAACCGGACCCGUCGCACGUGACAUCUCUGGCCCGGCCGUAUUCAUUUCCUACAUGGUCGCCGGUUUUUCGGCACUUUUGUCCUCACUUUGUUACACUGAGUUCUCAGUUAACGUCCCUGUCGCCGGUGGAGCGUUCAGUUAUCUCCGAGUCACAUUCGGUGAAUUUAUCGGGUAUUUUGGAGGAGCCAACAUACUUUUGGAGUACGUUUUGUCGAACGCUGCAGUUGCUAGAAGCUUCACAGAGUAUGCGUGUACGGCGUUUGGCGUUUCUGAUCCAAACGCUUGGAGAAUUAAAGUGAAUGGUCUCAAGACUGGUUACAACGAACUCGAUUUCCCUGCCGUUGCUCUUGUCCUUCUCCUCACUCUCUGCCUUUGUCAUAGCACGAAGGAGAGCUCAAUGCUGAACCUAGUGAUGACGGUGUUCCACAUAAUAUUCUUCGGGUUUGUAAUAAUCGCCGGAUUUAGUCACGGCGACGGAGCCAAGGCGCUGGUGGAGCCGCGAGGUCUGACUCCGUACGGCGUUCGCGGAGUCGUUAACGGAGCUGCCGUAGUGUACUUCAGCUACAUCGGAUACGACACCGUUUCCACUCUGGCCGAAGAGAUCCAAAACCCUUCCUUUAGUCUCCCCGUCGGGAUCAUUGGCUCCGUUUCAGUCGUCUCCGUCCUCUAUUGCCUCAUGUCUCUCGUGCUCUGCCUCAUGGUUCCCUACAAUGAGAUAUCAAAAAGUGCGUCGUACGCAGUUGCAUUUCGAAGGAUAGGGUGGGGUUGGGCAGGGAACGUGGUCGGUGCGGGUGCGAGCCUGGGGAUAGUGGCGUCGCUUUUGGUGGCGAUGUUAGGGCAAGCCAGAUACCUUUGUGUGAUCGGAAGAGCCAGACUGGUCCCUUCAUGGCUUGCCAAGGUGCAUCCUUCCACUGGAACUCCCUUGAACGCCACUCUUUUUCUCGGCCUAUGUACAGCUUCGAUUGCUUUGUUCACGGAUCUAGAAAUAGUGAUGGAGCUGAUAUCACUCGGAACGCUAUGCGUUUUCUACCUAGUGGCCAAUGCUCUUAUCUAUCGCAAGUAUACAUUAACGGGCCAAAACUCACCUCUUCACACUCUCUCAUUCCUUGCACUCCUCUCUUCUUCCGCUCUCGCGUUCUCCCUAUGGUGGAAACUUAACAAACCGUGGUGGGGCUUAAUGCUAUUUAUCUCGAUCACUAUAGGGGUCACAGUAAUUUUUCAAUACCACACAUCAUUGCUUUCGUCGACUGCUAACAAAAAUCUUCUUGCACCUAUACCCUCCACGUGGUCGGUGCCGUUCAUGCCGUGGCCAGCAGCAAUAUCGGUGUUUCUUAACGUUUUUCUAACUACAACGCUGAAAAAACUGUCGUUUCAGAGGUUUGCGAUAUGGACAUGUCUUGUAACGAUGUUCUACGUGUUGUAUGGCGUACACAGGACUUAUGAAGCCGAAGAUAUAGGUAGAGACAGAGUAGAGUUUGUUGAAAGUCAUGUCACUAGCACGAGGGUGCAACCGGAAAUGUUGGACAAUAUCGAAAUGGUAGUUCCUUAAAUGUGUAUACUGUUUUUGUUUGUUCAAGAACAAAUUAUCGAGGCGUUGACGUAUGCGUGGAUUCUUUUCACCAAGAAAUUUGAGGCGUAUACGCCGUAAUAUCUC